GCCGUGUUUCCAAGGAUCCAACGGGGGAGACUGACCGUUCUAUAUGAGAUCGAAGGGAGUGACGGCGGCCACAUACGGUCAGUCGCCGCCCUCCGCUGAAAUUGGAGAUGUUGCUGUCUCCAGCGCCUCAAUUCGCUCGCCGCCUGUCGCUCGCGGCAGCUCACCGCGGCUUCUCUAUGAGUCCCGCGUCUCAGAAAGUAUAUCCCAUGCGGUCAUGCGCCAGCGAGCGCCGCUUUGUCGUAAUUCAAGUGAGGUCAGUUGCCACCCCAGCAGGAUCCGUUGCAGAUUUUGAUGAGAUGCUUACGAGUACUAAGAGGAAAUAUUACAUGCUUGGAGGAAAAGGUGGUGUUGGGAAGACAAGCUGUGCAGCUUCAUUAGCUGUUAAGUUUGCAAAUAAUGGUCAUCCUACUCUUGUAGUCUCAACUGAUCCUGCACAUUCUUUAAGUGAUUCUUUUGCACAGGACUUAACUGGUGGAACGUUGAUACCUGUUAAUGGAGUUGAUUCUCCCUUGUUUGCACUUGAGAUAAAUCCUGAUAAAUCUAGGGAGGAAUUUCGUAGUACUAGUCAAAAAACUGGAGGUACUGGAGUCAAAGAUUUUAUGGAUAGUAUGGGGCUUGGUAUGCUUGCUGAUCAGCUUGGAGAGCUAAAACUAGGAGAGCUACUUGACACACCUCCCCCGGGAUUAGAUGAAGCUAUUGCAAUAUCGAAGGUCAUGCAAUUUCUUGAAUCACAGGAAUAUAGCAUGUUUAGCCGCAUAGUUUUUGAUACUGCUCCCACGGGCCACACUCUUCGGCUUUUGUCUUUACCAGAUUUUUUAGAUGCAUCCAUUGGUAAGAUUCUGAAGCUAAAAAAGAAGAUAACUUCAGCAACAUCAGCCAUUAAAUCUGUCUUUGGACAGGAAGAACCACGAGAAGAUGCUUCUGAUAAGCUGGAGCAAUUAAGGGAGAGAAUGAUCAAAGUGCGGGAGCUUUUUCGUGAUACAGAGUCCACUGAAUUUGUUAUUGUGACUAUUCCAACGGUCAUGGCAAUUAAUGAGUCAUCCAGACUUUCUGCGUCUUUGAAGAAAGAGAGUGUACCAGUGAAGAGGCUUAUUGUUAAUCAGGUUCUACCACCAUCUGCAUCAGAUUGCAAGUUUUGUGCAAUGAAAAGGAAGGAUCAAAUGCGUGCACUUGAGAUGAUCCAGAGCGAUCCAGAGCUUAGGAACUUGAAGCUAAUCCAAGCACCACUGGUAGAUGUAGAGAUUAGAGGUGUUCCUGCUCUAAGAUUUAUGAGUGAGAUUGUGUGGAAAUCAUGAUGAGAUGAAAAACCUGCAAAAUAUUUUGCUUCAAAAGAAAAUUUUGUCUGCUGUACUAAACAUUCCUCAACGCCAUCUCAAGUUGUGAUCAGCUCUGUGAGCAAGUAGAUAUGGUUACUGGAUGUGUAUAACCAGUGAAGAAGAAAAACUGGGCAUAAAUUAACAUACAUUAGAUUAUUAUUGGUAGAUUCUGCCCCUUUUUUUUGGGAGUUUGUAAAGCAGUUUGAUUUGCCUUCCCUCCCCCUUCAACCUAAUGUGUAGCCACAUAAGUUCGCCUAAUUUCAAAUAAAUCAGAGCUCAUAAUGUUU